AUGCAAGAAAAUUCAAAUGCAUGUAUAUAUGCACCAAAAUAUAAUUUUCAUGGCUUUAAUCUCCUUGUUCAAUACGGAAACGUGAACGUUACAGGUCGGGUUUUACAUUACACUACCUCAGAGUUGAUUUCAGAUGGCACUGAUCAUGAUCAAACCGGAGAGAAAGGAUCAUCUUUCUUGCAUCUCAAAGGAAUCGAUGAUUUUCCUGAAGAACACUGUGAGCAAAUGUACGGGUUCUUGCCAUGUUCGGAAAAUCUCCUAGGUCACCUCUUCCUCAUUUUGGUUUAUGAAUACUUGCUAUUUCACGGAGAAUCGUAUGUUUCUUCUGGAGGAAAACGGAUUUUUCAGAUUCUGGGUCCUGGCAUCUUCGGUGCAAGUGCUUUCCAAGUUCUUGGUUUCCUUCCUGAGUCAUUGAUACUUCUCGUAUCUGGACUAUCAGACACAAAAGAUGGAGCUGAAGAGUAUGUCUUAACUGGAGUUGGCUUACUAGCUGGAUCAGCUAUAUUCCUUCUCACUUUACUGUGGGGAACUUGUGUCAUGAUUGGUAGUCGAAAAUUUUCUUCAGAAUCUGGUUCAACCACUUCGAUGAUUAAUGAUCCUACGCAAAAUCAAUUCCGAAAACUGAUUUCAUUAUGCACUGGUUCUGGUGUAACUACAGAUGAAGAGACGAGUCAAGCAGCCAAAAUUAUGCUUCUUUCUGUUAUACCAUUCACAUUCAUCCUAAUCCCAGGAUUAUUUGGUGCAAAUUUGUCUCGGGGAUAUAUCUUCACGAUUGCUCUUCCUGGAUCGGUUUUGUUCUUGAUUGUAUACUUCAUUUACCAGGUGUUUGAGCCUUCAAUACAAAAAAGAAGAUUAUCAUACGUGAAACACGAGCAUUUAGUUGUAGACAUACUAAAACAUCUACAGGAGCACACUGCGGAUAAGAUACUCAAUGAAGAUGGUUCAGCAAAUCUAGCAACUAUAAAAGGUCUAUUUUCAAAGAUCGAUCAAGAUGGUGACAGCUACAUAUCUUUUCCUGAACUAAAAGCAAUUCUACAAGAUAUUAAGUUCAGGAAAUUAACUUGGAGCAAGGAUAGAACAUUGGAAGAAAUAAUGAAAGAAUUCGAUACAGAUGGUGAUAGUAAAGUAACUAUGGACGAAUUCGUCCAUGGAUUCAUAAAUUGGCUUGAUGAGACAAAGAAUGCAGUGAAUAAACGCUCAUUCCGCUCAAUUAACUCGUGGAAGGACUUGUAUCAGAUUAUCCAACCAUGGGUUCAGAGUAAAAAGAAAGAAGAAGAGAUGAUGAAGAUCCUGGUAUCUGAAAUUAUCAGACAUGUCCAAAGGUUACCAUUAGGUAACUUCUACAACGAAGAUGGGACGCCAAAUAUAUCCGCAAUAAAAGGGUUGUUUGAAAGAAUUGAUCUUGAUAAAGAUAAUUUUAUAUCACAAUCUGAAUUGAAGAGAUUGAUCAUGGAAGUCGAUUUUCAGAAAGUACCAGAGAAUGUAGAUGAAGCAACAGCUAAAAUAAUGCAAGAUCUCGAUGAAAGUGGGGAUCAGCAGAUUGAUUUAGAUGAAUUCAUAAAUGGAUUUAGAAAUUGGCUCAACUCAUCCAAUGAUGAAAUCAUCCCCAUGUCGCCUGGGUCUAAAACGGAUGCAUCCGAAAAACCAUGGGAAAGAUGGGUUGAUGAUGAUGGUGUUGAUAGAUCGAGCUGGGCAUGGACAAAGGCUAUAACAUCCUUGGUGCUUGGGAUAACCAUGUUAGCACUUCUGGCUGAACCUCUGAUACACAGUGUGCACGAUGUUUCUACUGCUGCAAACAUACCAUCAUUUUUCAUAUCUUUUAUCCUCGUCCCCUUAGCCACAAAUGCACGUGCAGCAAUCUCAGCCAUCCAAACUGCAAGCCAAAGAAACGAACGAACUACUUCCUUGACAUUCUCCGAGUUAUACGAUGGAGUGUUCAUGAACAAUGUUCUUGGAUUUUCCGUGCUUUUGGCGGUCAUAUAUUUUCGAGGCUUGACAUGGGACUUCUCUGCGGAAGUGUUGAUUGUUUUGAUAGUUUGUAUCAUUAUGGGUACGGCAACUAGCUUUAGAUCGAAGUUCCCCAUUUGGACAUCUUUCAUAGCAUACCUGCUCUAUCCAUUAUCGUUGGUAUUCGUUUAUCUUGUUAAUAGAUUCUAAUGCGAAAAUAAAUUUUUUUGUAUUGUUAUAUUCAUAUAUCUUCUUAUUAGAUUUUAAUGGGAUUUUUUUUGUAUAGAUGUAUUCAUUCAUAAAAUCUUUUGGUCAUUGUGUC